AUGAAGGGAAUUGGUCCGUUAUCAACUAUAUAUGUCUUAUCCGCCAUCAUAGGUGUAUCCAUUGGUGUCAGGGUAGGAGUAAUGCAGCAUAAUAAAAAACCUAAAGUUGUAAAUGCAGUGCAUAAUGUAUAUGCCUCUCUAAUUGAUACAAACUCAUCUAAUUCAGUUACGCCUACAGCAUCAACCCAAAAAAAUACUACAGAGAAUACAAACACUACAACCCCCGAUCCAAAUGUCAACAGCACAGACACUAAGGAAAAAGAUAAUAAUGCAACUGAAAUUGAUGAUAAGUCCAUAAAUCCUAAGUGUAUCGGGGAAAUUAUCAAACCUUUUAGUAUAGAAUCGAAAACUUUCACUAUCCAUGGUGGUGGCGCUGGAGUUGAGAAUUCAGGAAAAUGGAUUUCAAACGCAUCGGAUAUCGAUACUAAUUUGGAAACGUUUUUAACCAUUAAAUUUGAAAUGAACAGUCAGAUUUAUAGCUAUAUAAAUGAUCUAGGUCAGAAUAUGACUGCAACGAUUAAUCUUAAAAUGUCUCCGGAUUUAAAAGAUUUUGGUUAUUCUUGCCCAAAGAACACAGUUUCAGUUGUAGAUGGUGAGUUUUCGAACGUUGAAACUCUAUUAACGGAAAAAUUGAAAUUUUUUUCUGGUGUAUUUAAUAAGGAAACGAACCGUGUUGACAUUGACAUAACCAAAUUAAUACGCGACAAAUUUCUCGGCGUGGGUGAUUCUGGUGAAAAUGUGUUGAAUUUAGCAGUGAAGUCCGGAAAUAAGUGUAUAUAUAGAAUUCACUUCAAAGAAAAUCCUCCAACCAUCAAAAUUAUCCCAAAAAAUACAACAUACAUUCAAACAGAUAAGUGGACAGCAUGUUCCAAAGAGUGCAAAAAAGAAGGUGCCUACCAAUGUGCUCCAAUUAAAUGUAUUGAAGGUAAUGAAAAAUGCGACACAACAAAAAUGUUUAGCAAGAGGGAAUGUGUUGAUGUGGAGGACUGUGUUAAUGUAGAAGAGCACAUUAAUACGAAGAACAGUAUUGGUGGGUGGGACCUUAAUUUAAGCAAUAUCUUUUUAAAAUCACCUUUAUACAUUGGCCUUUGCGUAGCACUUGUUAUUUUGUUGGCCAUAGCCGGGAUUGUUGUGUUUCAGAAGAUGAAAGGGCAGAAAUAUGUCCAAAUUACAGAUGAAGAGAUAGUUGGGUCUGUGUUCACUGGUGGUUGCAUAUAA